AUGGCUCUAGAAGAUAGCCCCAACACAGAUGGAAUCCACAUUUCCAAGUCAAGUGGUAUCAACAUUGUGCAUUCAAGAUUCGAAACGGGAGACGAUUGCAUCUCUCUUGGUCCUGGAAGUAAAUUCAUCAAAAUAACAGACGUCCAGUGUGGUCCAGGUCAUGGAGUUAGCAUCGAUAGCCUCGGAAAGUACCCAAAUGAAGAAGAUGUCUCUGAAGUCAUAGUAAGAGACUCCACAUUUGUUGGCACAAACAACGGUGUGAGGAUUAAAAUAUGGUCAUCUUCACUUCCUAGUUUUGUUACCAAGAUCGCUUUUCUCAAUCUCGAAAUGAAGGACGUAAAAAGUCCUAUUGUCAUUGAUAAAAAAUAUUGCCUUGAUUGCAACAGAAAUAAAAUGGAGAUUACUGAACUAGACUCGAAGUCCGCCAUUAGAGAAUCUCGAAUGAAGAGAAUCAUUAUCCACGGAUUGCGACCAGAACAUAGAAUCUUCGUUAUUGCUGUACAAGGAUGCCCUUCUCAACCAUCACUUGUAGAGUUUGAAGAUUUGUUAGCCAACCAAGAAGCCAUGACUAAACAAAUGAGAGACAUCACAUUUAAGGAAGAAGAAGCACUAUACACAAGUGAAAGUUGGAGCAACAAGAAGUCGUCUACCAAACGUGGAUACAAAAAUGGUGACAAAAGAAGAAGUCAUGAAGGAACUGCACAAUCUGAGAGAGCUUAA